UCUUGAUUUAUUGUGUUUCUCUUCUCGCGUUUUUUUCCCGAUGUAUUAUUUACCAUCACCUGUAAUACUAAGAGUGAUGAUACAAUAUAAACACUGCAAAAAGAUGACGCAAUGGGAAUAUAGUUACAGUGUUUUGUGUCGUGUCUCAGGCGGAAAAGAGUGAUACAAUAAUAUGAGUUGCUUGUCCACUAGAGGCAGCACCAAUACGUGAGUGCAUAUUAAUUAUGUUUCAUGUUUUCCUUCCUGGAGUGUAGAUAUCUUUAUAAAAGACGUAUUAGAUGGAAAAGGGAAUAGUAUUCUGUCGUCUGAAGAAUUUGGAGAUAAGGAGAAAAACAACACAGGUAUUUAGAGAAAGAAACAAAGGAAGGUUAUGAUGUUUCCGAACGAAAGUGAGACUUAGAACACGUCGAGUUGUCUGAAGGUGUAUUAGAAGGAAGAAGAUGGCCAAGAUAACUACAGAAGGAGGCAAUGAGGAGGAAAUGGUAACAGAAUGGGAGGAGCUGCAGCCACCAGACGGAGGGUGGGGCUGGAUGGUGGCCUUCGGGUCUUUCAUCAUGCUGUUGCUGGUGCCUAUGGUGACCCUCUGCUUCUCCAUCCUGUUCUCCGGGUUCUUGAUAGAGCAGGGCGCCUCCUCCACGACCAUCGCCUGGAUCUUCAACCUACACAUUUUCCUCUGGAACCUCAUAGGACCUCUAACUGGCCCGCUCUCCACGGAGUUUGGCUUCAGGAGAGUUAGUCUCGUAGGUACGGCGGUGUCUUCCUUAUCUCUCCUGCUGGUGGCCUUCACCGACUCCAUCGCCUACCUCAUGGUAUUCUUUUCUCUGUGUGGUUUGUUUGGGGGGUUGGGCUGUAAGCCCGCCUACGUGCUCACCAGUUUGUAUUUUGAGAAAAGACGUGGCCAGGCCUUCGCGAUGCUGAUGGGAGGCAUAUGUAUAGGUCAGUUCAUGGGUCCACCUCUCGUCCGUUAUUUACUGGAGAACUACGCGCUGAUGGGUGCCAACCUCAUCCUAGGAGCCCUUGUUCUUAACAGCUGCGUCGGAGCUGCUCUCUUCCAUCCCGUGGAAUGGCACAUGAAAAGACGGAGACGUGCAGAGAAUCCCAUCACACCAGAUUGUGUCGAUGAAGACAAGGAAGACGGUUGCAUGAUCAAAGGAGUCUCAUGUAAGGAUAAAGAGAUGAUGCUAAAAUCACAAGAAAGUAAAUGGACACCUGGAGAGGCAGCAAGAAUAACGUUGAUACGAAAUUUGAGCCGGUGUUCCAGUGUGUCCUCGGCUGCCUCCUUCAUCGACCUGACCAGCGUCCCUCCAGUCAGUCAUACUGGUAUUGACGUGUAUUUGGGGGAGGGAGAUGAGGAUUCUUCUUACCCAAAGACUUCUAGAGUGCGAAAGAUUGUGUUCGUAGUAGUUCGCGUGGUCCGGUUACUCAUUACAGAUCUGAAGAUCUUUAAGUCCCCAAGAGCUCUCAUAAUAGCCAUUGCUGGUGUCUGCGUCGCUAAUGGUUACUUGAAUUUUCAUAUGAUUUUGCCAUUUGCUAUUCAGAAUUCUGGCUAUACCCUAGAGGAAGCCGCCUGGUGCAUGUCCAUCGCUGCUAUCUCGAACCUGGUGGCGCGUCUCAGUAACUCCGCUCUCUCAGACUGCUCCUGGUACAAUAUGAGACUUGUGUACAUGUUGGGGGCUGGUCUCGUCGCUUUAACUACCUUAGUGUUCAGCUUCUUGAGUGACCUGACGUGGAUGAAGGUGACCAUGGGGCUAUGGGGGUAUGGAGUGGGCACCAACAUCUCCCUCUACACACUUAUUAUGCCCAAAUACAUGGGUCGAGAGAACAUGGCAGCCAUAUUUGGGGGCCAGUCAUUUUUCAUGGCCAUUGGUCACAUCACCUUAGGACCUCUCAUAGGUCUGAUCCGUGACCUGAGUGGGAGUUAUGCCGUGGCCAUGCAGGUCAUCUCGGUGGAGGUGUUCUUGUGCGUCCUCCUGUGGUUCUUCAUGCCCGCCGCUGUCACCUACGACAAGAAAAAGGAAAACCUACAAAAGUCCUCAACUGAUGCAGGAAAGACGUCACCAUAGAAUACGAUAAGAAGUUCCUCGGAAGUGUUAUAUUGACGCUGAUAAAAUGUAUUCCUACUGACUCGUUUAGGAUACGAUGGGAAUCCCGCCAGAACUCCUUCACUUAUAUAAAAAGAAAUUCAUCAUAGGAUAUAAGGAGCCAUGUUAUAAAAGAGAUUGUGAUUACGUAUUGAGUAUUAUAUAGUCAGACCAAAUGGGCAAAUCUGUGCUGUGAUUAUAAAGUAAUAAAAAUAAGAGUUUUC